UCAGGACCACCUGAGAGGGUGGCAGAGAAAGGAUGGCUGGCUGCAGUGAGAAGAUCAACAGGGAGGUGGGAUCGAGGACUAGACUAUUUGCAGACAAAAUAUAAGCACCAGGCAGGAGAACCACCAGGGAACUGGAGGAAGCAUGAGGAAUCACCGAGACCUCUCAGAAGCUUCACUGUUCUAGUUCUAACAAGUACAACCCACCUGGACUUGAGUUUUUGGGUAUUACGAGAAGAAACCUAGUUAAAUGAAUUGCACCAGAGACUUGCAAGAACUUCCAGGUGGGAGAAGGAAGGACAAGAAGAGAUUAGAAAAAGGUCUUUGGGCCUUCGAUGUGAAGAACUCUUUAGUGAUGGAGGUGAUCGAUGCACGAAAGAUAAAGACAGAAGAAGAACUCACAGAGAACAUCGGGCUUCCUCUGUGUGUGCUUGAGAAACACAAUCCUUGGCCAGCCUAUGUGACAUAUAUGUCCCCGAUGGUGAAGAGACUCAUUGAGAAAAGCAAAGCUAGAGAUCUGGAAUGCACGCAGGCACUCGAGGAAAGCCAACGGACAUUGAGGCAGAACAAGCUGGCCAGCAUCACGCAGCUGAAAAGGAAAAAGUCAUCUAAGGGCCCUGGAAACUUCAUGUUGAAGGACAUGAGGUCAGAGACCAUGUUAUCAGUGUGGAGCUCCUACUCCGUACCUGCCACAGGUCCAACCGCUAUGCCAGAGCCAAGGCACUUCCAUACGGAUUCCAGAGAAAAUCCCACUGCAAACUAUAACAAGAUCAUCUUCUCUCGAAAACCCAUGAUGAGGCUGCUUCCGUACAGCUCCCUUCUAGUCAGCAAAGAGAAACAUUCAAGUGUUUAGCAGGGAGCCCCUGCAGUCAUCUCCACCCCUCCACCAAGAUCAUACAGUAAUUAAGCUCCAUGUGCUGCAAAUUUCCCUAUGUCCUUUAAAUGUGAACUUGUCCCUGCUUGUGCAGAGGUUGGCUGAGAUAAACCAGAUCUGAAUGUGGGCCGUGGGUGGGCAGGUAUACCCCCUCCAGCAUGACAGUCAGAUGGGGUUGGGAAACCCUACGCCCCAGUUCCUGCCAUAUAUGCUUAGAACCUAACUGAGGAUGAAUGAGUUCCAGUCCAGGCAGGACACAGAAACCACACCGGUUACUAUACCAGAGGUAAUCCAAUAGAAAGAAUUAUUAACCAGGUAACUGGAAAGGUGGGAUGAGAACCCAAUGCUAUUAGUGGAGGUAGCCACCUGCAAGGAAGCAGUUUUCCCAAGGCUGGGGGAGCAAAGGCAAGAUAUUGGACUUAUUAAAAGUUAGGCACUUGGAGAGUGGGCAUGUGGGCUGAAUUUCAGAUUUUUGAGACUGGGCAGGGUGGGGGAUACUCCUCAGUGGGUUCUGGUGUCCUUGAGCUUGGAGGAAAUUUCCUGCGGGGAGGGUAUCUCAGUCUCUGUGGAGGGGAAGCUCAUUGGCUGAGGUUGAUUCUGGGAUGGUUGAGAAAACCAAAAACUGGACUCAAAUCCUUCUGGAAGGAAUUGACCCUGCCUGAGAGAACAAGAAGCGUUGCCAGUGGAAACAGACAGGGACAGGAAGCCAGCAGAGGGGUAAACAGGAAGCAAACCAGGAGAGAAUUCCUUCCUCCCCUUCCAGCCUCAAAGCUCCCCCUCGCUGCCCCAUACCCCCUAUGGGCAGAAGCUAUCAGGGAGGAAAGCAGGAAUGCGGUUUGCAGAAUCCUGAAUGCGAACAUCUCAGCGUUGGAUGAA